UGUCGACAGUAGGGUAGAAACUGGCAGUGGUAUAUAAAUCACAUCACUAGUAGCAGGGGGGACAUCACAUCGUAUAUCCCCAUCCAACAACAACCUCGCUUUUCAUCCGUCUUUUAGUGGAACCGUGGCCAUCGACAGUCACCAUUUCGUUAUCGUUGUGAAUGUAACAAGACAAGAGAAGAACGCUGGAUUGUAAUUAUUUGUAGUGUCAUAGAUAUGCAAUUAUAGAAGGUCUUUCUUUAAGGAAUAAUAAACCAUUCGUAGCAACAAGUAAUUUUCUAAAAUGGAGGAAACCACCUCAGUCCUAGUGAAACCAAAAUUAGCUUUCUCCAUCGACAGAAUUAUGGAACCUAGCCCAAAGAAAAACAGAGUAGAAAAUUCUCCAAGGAAACCAGACUCUCCGGUCAGCACAGGUUCUACAUUAUCUCCAAGAUCUAACAUCGCCUCGCCAGAGAAAACAAGUCCCUUGUCUGUUCCAGCGUUUCCAAGUUCGGCAUUUGGAAAUGCGUUAUUUCCAUCAACCGACAACAAUCGUCUUAUCUACCCAAAUGUGCAUCGUGAUUCCAUGGACUUAAAUUCAUCAAGAUUUCAUCCUUAUUUCCACCCGGCUUUCACCUUACCCCGGACAAAUUAUGAUGAGUACCAUGCACAAUUACUGAGAAAUUAUUCCCUGUUACAUCAAUCUGGACUCACCAUGUCCAAAGAUAGACUUUAUUCCAACUUAGAACUCUUGAAAUAUUCUAACAUGCAACAGUUAUUAUCUCAGCAGAGAGCUGUUGCUAGUGCCCAACCCGAACUAUCUCCAAGACGUGAUCGAAUCAACAGUUAUUCUAAAGAAAAAUUACCCGAACCCAGGAAAAUGACAGAAAAAAUUCUAAAAGUGGACGGUUCAGACAAAGAUAAUUUUCCGAGUCAUAAAUUGGACAAUUCUCUGGACAGUUCCCAAAAUACGGAGAAAAGUUAUUCAGCAAGUGAAGAGGAGAAUUUGAAAGGAAAAAAGGUGAUAAAUAAAUCUCAGAAAACUUUUACAUGUCAAGAGUGUGGAAAAGUGUUCAAUGCUCAUUAUAACUUAACUCGACACAUGCCUGUUCACACUGGAGCCCGACCCUUCAUUUGUAAGAUAUGCGGUAAAGGAUUUCGCCAAGCCAGCACCCUAUGUCGUCAUAAGAUCAUCCACACCCAGGAGAAACCCCACAAGUGCAACACCUGCGGAAAGGCAUUCAAUAGAAGUUCCACCUUGAAUACUCACAUGCGAAUCCAUAAUGGUUUCAAACCGUAUACCUGCGAAUACUGCGGGAAAGGUUUUCAUCAAAAGGGGAACUACAAAAACCACAAACUAACUCAUAGUAUAGAAAAACAAUAUAAAUGUACUAUAUGUAACAAGGCUUUUCAUCAAGUGUAUAAUCUAACGUUUCAUAUGCACACUCAUAAUGACAAGAAGCCUUUCACCUGUGUAAUCUGCGGAAAGGGAUUUUGCCGAAACUUUGACCUCAAGAAACAUAUACGGAAACUCCAUGAUGGCGCUCAGAUGCCGAGUCCGACCAACAACAAUCCCGUAAGCCCUCCAGUCCCCCAACACACACUUCAGUCCCCAAAUAACGUUUACAAUGGAUCGGCCCUGAGUCCUCAUUCGGCAUUUUUAUCCCGACCAUCUCUACUUUCUCACUCAGCUCUAGGAUGUCAAAGAAAUCUAUUUAAUCCUUAUAUGUUUGGACCGAACGCUGCUUCACUACUCAGCAAAAUAUCGUCGAUAAUUUAAAAUAAGAAUUGAUAUAUUUAUUGACUUAAAUAGAAAAGUAAAUAUUUAUUAAACAUUAUAAUUAUAUAAGGGACAUUUUUGCAAUUAUUUUAUUUUGUGAAACUGUGAACUGUGGAUGCUUUUACUUAAAGAGAGGGGUAAGAAUAAUACGAUUAUUCAUCAUAAUUUAUUUAUAGUCA